AAAAUACUUUGAAAACCCAGUUGAGAAUAGGACCUCGGCCCAACCUAAUCUUUAUGUAAUGAGCCGAAAUUGAGCCCAUUCUGUCCUUCAAAAGUUUUCUUCUCCAAACCUUCCCCGGUCGCCGAAAAAGUUCCAUUUACCGGAUUUUCUAGGCGGAAUUGGCUGAGUAUCAACAGUUUCAUCUUAAUUGAGGGAGAAAGAAGAAUUGUUUAGUUACAGAAGCUAAGUUAUGGAUUGUGCUGCGAGGAUUCACAGUGUUGUGUUCAGUGCCCUUUUUCCAAAAAACUCUGCAAAUUCCAGAGUUUUUACUGUCAAAUGCUCUUCGAAGAACCUAUCGUUGGAUGGUGCAUCUUCUGGUCUGGUUGAAAGACCUUGGAAGGUAGCAGAUGCUAGACUUGUUCUUGAGGAUGGUUCAAUUUGGAAGGCAAAAUCAUUUGGUGCUCGUGGAACCCAAGUUGGAGAAGUGGUUUUCAAUACCUCUUUAACUGGGUACCAGGAGAUAAUUACAGACCCUAGUUAUGCGGGCCAGUUCGUCUUAAUGACUAACCCUCACAUCGGGAAUACUGGGAUGAAUUUUGACGAUGAAGAAUCGAUGCAGUGCUUUCUUGCAGGAUUAGUCAUUAGAAGUUUAAGUAUCAGCACCUCAAAUUGGAGAUGCACAGCGACACUUGGUGACUAUUUGGCUGAAAGGAACAUCAUGGGUAUAUAUGAUGUUGACACCCGAGCAAUUACACGAAGGUUAAGAGAAGACGGAAGCCUCAUAGGAGUCUUGAGCACAGAAAAUUCAAAAAGUGACGAAGAACUUCUUGAAAUGUCCCGUACAUGGGACAUUGUGGGUGUGGAUCUAAUCAGUGGUGUUUCAUGCAAAUCUCCUUACCAAUGGAUUGAUAGAACAGGCUCAGAUUGGGAAUUCAAUGAUAAUGGAGGAAAUAAAGAAACUUUCAAUGUUGUUGCAUAUGAUUUUGGAAUCAAGCAUAAUAUACUUCGGCGCUUAGCAUCCUAUGGCUGUAAAAUCACUGUUGUUCCUUCAACAUGGCCAGCAUCUGAAACCCUAAAGAUGAAUCCUGAUGGGGUUCUUUUCAGCAAUGGGCCAGGAGAUCCCUCUGCAGUUCCUUAUGCAGUUGAAGCGGUAAAAGAACUUAUUGGAGAAGUUCCUGUUUUUGGUAUAUGUAUGGGUCACCAGUUGCUUGGUCAAGCAUUGGGGGGUAAGACAUUCAAAAUGAAAUUUGGUCACCACGGAGGAAACCAUCCAGUUAGAAACCUUCGAAAUGGAUGUGUUGAGAUCAGUGCCCAGAAUCACAACUACGCUGUUGACCCUGAGUCUCUCCCAGAUGGUGUAGAGGUGACUCAUGUAAAUUUGAAUGAUGGAAGUUGUGCUGGUCUUGCCUCCUCUAAAAUGAAGCUGAUGUCACUUCAAUACCACCCCGAAGCAUCUCCAGGGCCUCAUGAUUCAGAUCCUGUAUUUGGAGAAUUCAUACAACUUAUGAAGCAAGAAAAAGUGAAGGCAUAAGUCCAUUUCCCAGAGUCUGAAGAUGAGAGAUAUGUUUGAAGGAACCACAUUCCGAAAAGGAGAAUUUCGAUGAGAUUUGCUAUCUCUGUUGUGUUUCAUCUCUUCUUGUCAUAAAUCAAGCCGGAGCUUUCUGUCAUGCUGCACAUCUUCUUUGCAAUUACAGUGAUGGAUAUAUAUAUAUAUAUAUUUUCUAGUCUAAAGAUAUACUUGGUUUGUGUAAUGGUAUUCUAUGUCUGUCUGUGGUCUAGUAAUUAUAAUAUACACUUUGUUUUUGUCUUGAGCAAAUAUCAUGCUGCUUUCUG